ACCGCCUUUAUCACUAUAUAUUUACAACAGUGCUCGCCUGCUCACGUUCAGCUGCGCCCAUCUAGAGGGUAGAGCGAACUCAAACGUACCGUUCCCAGCUAAAAAAAAACUGGAUAUCUCGCAAGGGGAGCCAUAAUUAAUCCAUUCUGGAUGUACAGAAGCUGCUCUGUCUCUGUAUGGAAAAAUCGCUUACUUGUGAAAACAUUGGUGCUUCUGUAGUGGAACAUAGACUACUUUUGGGGACAGUAUGUUCAACUUGAUGAAAAAAGACAAGGAGAAGGAUGGCGUCAGGAAGGAGAAAAAAGACAAGAGAGACCGGAGGGAACGAAUGUCGGCAGCUGAGCUCCGAAGCCUGGAUGAGAUGAGCAUGAGACGGGGUUUCUUCAAUCUCAACCGGAGCUCCAAACGGGACUCCAAGAACAAGCUGGAGAUCUCAAACCCGAUACCUAUCAAAGUCGCCAGCAGCACUGAGCUUAACCUGACCGACAUCGAGUCGGAUGGCCUCAGUAACCGUAGCAGCAUGGUCUUGGAUGCAGAUCAGCUCAGCGCGGCCAGUUCCAGCGACGAUCUGAAGGCUGACUACGGCCAAGAUGGCCACCGGAGCUCUGUCAAGGAGCGGGCAGCCAGGUUUGGUUCCCUCGCCAUGCAGAACUCGCAAAUGGGUUCCAUCAUGAAGCGCUUCUCAUUUUCUCAGAGGAAUAAAGAAGAAAGUCCAUCCGAGGGUUCCACACCUUCUGGGCAGAACUCGGCUGCUCCGUCUCCACAGGUAGAAACCAAGAUCUUUGACCCCCAACGUAAGCCGAGUCUCCAGCAUCAUCAACAUCAUCAGCAGCCUUCUACUGGGAAGAAGGUGCGGAUUCCUGAAAUUGUGCAUAAGACAUUUCCAGCAGACCUCCGCUUGCCUGCUGUCGUGCCACCGCAGACGCCCGAAGUUCGGGAGCUGGUUCUUCAGAGGCGGAACACCGGGGAUUUUGGCUUCUCUUUGCGGCGCACUACCAUGUUGGACCGUGGCACGGAUGGAGGGGUAUAUCGCAGAGUGGUCCACUUUGCGGAACCAGGUGCUGGUACCAAAGACCUGGCUCUUGGUUUGGUCCCCGGCGACCGGCUGGUGGAGAUCAACGGGCGAAAUGUGGAGAACAAGAACAGGGAUGAGAUCGUGGAGAUGAUUCGGCAAUCGGGCGACACGGUUCGGCUGAAAGUUCAGCCCAUCCUGGAGCUAAGCGAGCUGAGCCGAUGCUGGCUGAGGAACACCGAAGGACUGCGGCGGGAAGCAUUUGACAAGAAAACAGCGAACAUACAGGAAGUCCUCUAUUCUUCUAGGCAUUGACCAGUAUAGCCAGGAUGUCCUGAGAUGGGUGUGAGGAAGCCAGAAUGGGCACAGUACAGACCCCGCUGAAACAA